AUGGGCGAAGUUUUCCCGCUCUCCCUUUCAGAUCUCCAGCGCCAACUUCGAAAUGCGCUCACAUGUCGCAAAAGCCUUCAACUCGACUGGUCCAUUACAGUGACAGCGAAUACUAUCAUGCCUAUCUCUAAAGCGCUCACGUCUUUGUUCGGGCCUCUAUCGACGGAAUUCCCUAAGCCGCCUUUGCCAUAUUCUGCCAAGUGGAGAUUCACCGCAAAAUCUCACACUGUUUCGAGCCCAACACCGGUAGUGCGAGGCUGCUGCAUCAACAGUGAAAGUGAUAGGGCAGAGAGAAGGAAAUUACGUUCAAUCAACCGGUGCUUAAAGCAUCCCCCUUUACCCGGCAAAGAAGGAUAUGACACUGUCAGCUUAGAGGUCGUGGACCUCUUGAAAGGAGGCGAUGGUCAUAAUUCUCAGGUAUUUACGGUCCGACUACUAGACUUUGAGUCAUCACCAGAAUUGCUUCCUCGGAAAGGGACAAUGCUUGUUGCAAAAGUAUACGACCCACUUUACUUCGAUGACGACGAAGGGCACCUCAACCCAUUCCUCUGCGUGGACAGAUACUACACUCAUGAGGCCAAUGCAUACAUGGCCCUAAGCGAACUUCAAGGUGAAGGGAUUCCGAGAUACUACGGCUCAUAUUCCUUGAGCCUUUCUGUGAAUUCAGUACACACACGGAUAGUUCGAAUGAUUUUGGUCGACCACAUUGAAGGUAUUACUAUGGCAGAUGCGAAGCCGGUAAAUUUCGCAAAAUCAGUCCGUAAAAGCAUUUUGAAGUCGAUUGUAGACCUUGAGAGCCGGAUCUUUGAGAAGGACAUUUGGCUCACCGAUCUCGAACCGCGAAAUGUGAUGAUAGGUUCUCCAGAUAGCGACAGGCCCGGUGUCGUAAUCAUUGAUUUCGCCCAUGCUCUUUUCAAUCGCAGGCGAGACGAUCCCCCUUUGUUACAGUUGGAUCAGGUUUUGGGAGAGUACAUUUCGCCUGUCCUUCGGUGGAAGGAAAUCAGAGGCAAAGGAGAUUCUUUUUCAGAAUGGAUUGAUUGGGAUUGGGAUCCCUGGCUCGAAGCCGAAUUUGCGCAUACGAUCCCAAGGAUAAAGCCAGGUAUGCGAGAACGAUGGCCCGACGAUUAG